CUGUUUUGUUUUUUUUGUUUUGUUUUGUUUUGGUUUGGUUUGGUUUUGAUAGCAUUAAUUUAUGCUCUAAUCUUUAUUAGUUUCUGUCUUUUCUGCUGGUUUUGGGUUUUAUUUGCUGUUUUUUUUUUUUCCAGCUCCGUAAGGCGUAAGGUUAGGUUGUGUAUCUGAGUCCUUUCUUUCUUCUUUAGGAAGGCCUGGAUUGCUAUAUACUUUCCUCUUAUGACUGCCUUGCUGCGUCCGAGAGGUUUUGGGUUGUGGUGUUAUCAUUUUCAUUGGCUUCCAUAUACUUUUUAAUUUCCUCUUUAACUUCUUGGUUAGCCCAUUCGUUCUUUAGUAGGAUGUUCUUCAGUCUCCAAGUAUUUGUUACCUUUCCAAAUUUUUUCUUGUGGUUGAUUUUGAGUUUCAUAGCGUUGUGGUCUGAAAAUAUGCAGAGUAUGAUCUCGAUUUUUUUGUACUUACUUAGGGCUGAUUUGUGUCCCAGUAUAUGGUCUAUUCUGGAGAAUGUUCCAUGUGCACUGGAGAAGAAUGUAUAUUCUGCUGCUUUAGGAUGAAAUAUUCUGAAUAUAUCUGUGGAGUCCAUCUGGUCCAGUGUGUCAUUCAAAGCCAUUGUUUCCUUGCUGAUUUUUUGAUUAGAUGAUCUGUCCAUUGCUGUGAGUGGGGUGUUGAAGUCUCCUACUAUUAUGGUAUUACUAUCAAUGAGUUUCUUUAUGUUUGUGAUUAAUUGAUAUAUAUAUUUGGGUGCUUUCACAUUUGGCGCAUAAAUGUUUACAAUUGUUAGGUCUUCUUGGUGGAUAGACCCCUUGAUUAUGAUAUAAUGCCCUCUGCAUCUCUUGAUACAGUCUUUAUUUUAAAGUCUAGAUUGUCUGAUAUAAGUGUGGCUACUCCGGCUUUCUUUUGUUGACCAUUAACAUGAUAGAUGGUUCUCUAUCCCCUUAUUUUCAAUCUGAAAGUGUCAUUAGGUCUAAAGUGGGUCUCUUGUAAACAGCAUAUAGAUGGAUCUUGUUUUCUUAUUCAUUCUGUUACCCUCUGUCUCUUGAUUGGAGCAUUGAGUCCAUUGACAUUUAGAGUGAGAACUAAAAGGUAUGAAUUUAUUGCCAUUAUCAUGCUUGUAGAGUUGGAGUUUCUGAUGGUGUUCUCUGGUCCUUUCUAAUGUUUGUUGCUUUUGGUAUUUAUUUAUUUACAUAUAUAUGUACAUAAAUGUAUAUAAAUUUUUUUUCAUCUUUUCUCCCCUCAGAGAGUCCCCCUUAAAAUUUCUUGCAGGGCUGGUUUAGUGGUCACAAACUCCUUUAAUUUUUGUUUGUCUGGGAAACUUUUUAUCUCUCCUUCUAUUUUGAAUGACAGCCUUGCUGGUUAAAGAAUUCUUGGCUGCAUAUCUUUCUCAUUCAACACACUAAAUAUAUCCAGCCACUCCUUUCUGCCUGCCAAGUUUCUGGGGAUAGGUCUGCUGCAAACCUGAUCUGUCUUCCCUUGUAGGUUAGGGACUUUUCUUCCCUUGCUGCUUUCAUGAUUCUCUCCUUGCCUGAGUAUUUUGUGAAUUUGACUAUGAUAUGCCUUGUUGAUGGUUGGCUUUUGUUGAAUCUAAUGGGGGUCCUCUGUGCUUCCUGGAUUUUGAUGUCUGUGUCUUUCCCCACGUUAGGAAAGUUUUCCCCUAUGAUUUGCUCACAUAACCCUUCUACCCCUAUUUCUCUCUCUUCCUCUUCUGGGACCUCUAUGAUUCUGAUGUUGUUCCUUUUUAACAAGUCACUGAUUUCUCUAAUUCUUAAAUCAUGCUGUUUUACCUUGAUCUCCCUCUUUUUUUCUGCUUCAUUAUUCUUCAUAAGUUUGUCCUCUGUAUCACUGAUUCUCUGUUCUGCCUCAUCCGUCCUUGCUGCUGUGGCAUCCAUCCAUGAUUGCAACUCAGUUAUAGCAUUUUUUUAUUUCAUCCUGACUAGUUUUUACUUCUUUUAUCUCCACAGAAAGGGAUUCUAAUCUAUUUUCGACUCCAGCUAGUAUUAUUAUUAUUGUGAUUCUAAAUUCUGGUUCAGACAUCUUGCUUGUAUCCGUGUUGGUUAAAUCCCUGGCUGUCGUUUCUUCGUGCUCUUUCUUUUGGGGUGAAUUCCUUUGUUUUGUCAUUUUGAUGGGAUAAAAGGAAUUAAUGAGGUAGAAAAAUUAAAAUUAAAAAAAUAUUAAAAUUAAAAAAUUAAAAACACACACACACAAAUCGAAUAAAUGAUACUAGAUCCUAGAUGUGUUUUGGUCUGGGUGUUGAAAGUGGUUUGAUAGAUUAGAGAAAAAAGUUGGGGGGGGGAGGAAAUCAUUUGAGAAUUUGAAAAAAUGAAUACACUGAAGUAAACUAAAAUGAAAUGAUGGGAGUAAAAUAGAAUUUGAAAAAAAAUACACAAAAAUAAAGAGUAUAGUGGAAAAAAUUUUAAGAAAAAUAUUUUUAAUAAAAAUUAAAAAUAAAAAUGAAUUUCUCUUUCUGUAUUUAAGAAAAAGAAAUGAAACAAAAAACAAAUCGUUUGAAAAUUUGGAAAAGUGAAUACACUGAAGUAGACUACAAAUGAUGGAGGUAAAAUAGAACUUGAAAAAAUUUACAUAAAAGUAAAAAAUAUAGCAAAACAAUUAAAAAUAUUUUUAAUAAAAAUUGAAAAUAAAAGUGAAUUUUUUCUCUUUCUGUAUUCAAGGAAAAGAAGUGAAAAAAAGAAAGAAAGAAAGAAAGAAAGAAAAUUGAAUAGAUGGACCUGCUAACAGAUUGAAAUAGGACUGAAAUUACUUUGUUUUCCCCUAGAUGUCAGACUAUGAAGCACUUUAUAGUCCAUAAACUAAGCAGACAGUGAUACUUGUUCUUGAAUGGCAAGGUUGGCCCAGUUCGGCGGGGCUCAGUGUAAUUGCUCCUUUCACCACUAGAUGGCGCUGCUAGCCUACUGGGGUGGACCGUUGUGAUGCUCGCAGGUGUGUAUGCACGUGCGCGGGAGCAGUGAAAAUGGCCUGUCUCUACUAUCGGAACUCUAUUCUUCCCAUCAGCAAUCACGCACCCAUCCUCUGUCUUCAGCUUUCAUCCACUCCCCGCUUUUUCACUGUCCGUGACCAAGCCAGCCCCAGGCAGUACCUCUCUCCUGAGUUUUGUCUCAGAUGCGGCUGUUUUCCCUGACCCCUUACUUCCGAAGGACUGCGGCUUUGACCCGUUCCGCCCCUCUGCGAGCGGGUCUCACGGAGCGAUGGCCAAUGAGCAAUGGCUGAAUGUCGGCUGCACCCAGGAACGCUUGCUGGACCCUGCUGCUGCCGGUGCCCCGAGACUGCGGCCAGGUGCCUGCCCGGCCCAGAAAAAGUUCGCGAGAUAGUGUAGCAGCAGUAUUUCAGGGAUUAUGGAAAAAUCACAACACACAUCUGGCACCAGGCUUCACCCUUAAUGACAUUGUUCCAGCACCAGCGAAUGUGGCCCUUCUCUGGGGUCUGCUGGGACCAGGUGGCUUCAACAGUCUCCACCAAAUGUCCUUCCAGCAGUGGAACCGCUUUUUCCCGUGUGGUCCAAGAACCUCCUGGACCCCACUCUGUUCCUGGGGGUUCACCUUUCCCACCAGAGCACCGCCAGUUUAAAAAUUACAUAUACAUAUCAGGCUGCCCACUAUAUGUCAAGCAGUGGAGAAACAAAGAAACAGAUAUCAAUAUUGUUCUUUUUAAAGAAUGGAAUCUUGCCAUUUGCAACGACAUGGAUGGAGACUUGGUAAAAUGUCUUUCUUCUCGACAUGGAUCAAAGCUAUUUUUAUCACUGCCCUGGCAUUUCCUCAUUAUUCUGAAACUGGUUUUGAACCUUCACCAGAAAUUCGUAGACUCCCAAACUGUGAUGUGUAUGUACAUCAACUACAUUUUUGCACAAGAGAAAUGGAUCCAGUCUGUGCAACCAAUGGCCAAACUUAUUCCAAUACAUGCGUUUUCUGCAGUGAACUAUUCGAAAGUGGUGGAGCAUUUGAUUUUAGUCAUUAUGGUAGAUGCUGAUUCUGCCUGAGCUACACAUUCCAAUACCUUUUAUUGCGAUCCAAUUUUGUGGUAGAUUCUACAACCAAUUAGAACGUCCUCAGUCAGAGUUUUAAAUUCCUAGGUAAUCAUACAAAGACUUCUAUGGCAUACAAGAUGGAAUAUAGGAUGUUGAAGAAUUUUUCCAUGAGCCUAUGAUUGAAAGGUUUUCCUUCUCUAUGUUCAAUUAUUCUAUGACAGUUGAAAAACUAUCUUAAUUUUGUGUUUCUUAACAUAAAACCUAAUACAACUUAAUAAAUAUUUCAAUCAAUCCAAUGUUCAAUGAUAUUAUCCUUAUUAAAAUACCUUUUCCUUCUUUGGUUACUGGGUGAAAAGACAUGAAUGCUUUUAGUAAUUAUAAUUAAAAAAUGUUUUCAAAAAUGAAUAAAUAAUACAUUAUUUGUGAAUUUAUUAAAAACACAGACACUUGGGCUCCUCUAUAUCCUAAAGAAUCAAAACCUCCAGGAGAGGGAUCUGAGAACUUGAGUUCUAAUAUGUACUCCCGGUUAAUCUUAUGAUUACAAACGUUAGGCAAUAAGGACUUAAAUUCUAAAACAUAGGUCUGUCUAUCAUUGCAUGACUUGGAGAUCCUAUUCAAAGAUAUCAUAAAAUUUCUGAGGUGUGGGAGAAAAAUUAUAUUCUUUCUCUCUUACAAAUCAGUCAAGAGAUAGGUUGGUGAUCCUGGGGUACCAGGCAACUCUGCCUUCAUCAUUGCAAUCUAUCCAUUUGUUGUCCAAGUCUGAUGUGUCUCCAUUUCUUUCAUCUCUCAGCCCAAAAGAAGCAGGCUUUAUUUGGGUGGCCAUGUGUUCAUUUAAAGUUUGAUUGUAAUGUAGAGUUACAUUCUGUACAUUUGCAGAAAUGUAGAUUGAUUACUAGAAGAUAAGUAUCAAUCUACUACAUUAUCAGGACUGCUCUCCUUUUCACUAAACAUUUCUACCUCUAGAAGAGUGAUCUAUGUGGGAGUCACAUAUUCAUAUACAUCGUUAGUAUUAAUUCUCUGUUGUUUUUUUUUAAAGUAGGCUUCAUGUCCAGCAUGGAACCCAACAUAGGGCUUGAAAUUCAUGACCCUGAGAUCAAGACCUGAGCUGAGAUCAAGAGUCAGACGCUUAACCGACUGAGCCGCCUAAGCACCCCAUACAUCUUUAGUAUUAAUUCUUAAUGAAAGUGUCCAGUAGAAUGUAGACAUUAGAGCUAUGUCAUAAAAGUGCAUUCAGCUGCUUUCAUAGCCUUUUUCAUUAUAGAGGACAUGUAUAAAAAACGUCAUUCAGUGAAUGCCGGUAAAUGUAUACAUGUAUUGUUUUCCCUCUUAUUUAACAUAUUGUUUUUUAAAAAUCACUCCUAUCUUGAGAAAAGUGGGUAAGCAAAGCAGAUACUCCUACUGUCUUCUAGGAACUUUGGGUUACUUGGUGGAAGUUAGUAUCCAUCAGUGAUGGGAAUUCUGCCUCCCUGCAUAACUAUUUUCCACAUAAGCUUUGUAAGUUAGCUUCCCACAUCCCCGAUGUUAUGCAGCUUAGUUCUUAAAGGAAUCUCGUGACAUCAGCUCUGUAUUUUAGCUAUAACAAAAGUGAGACACAGGAAAUUUAACAAUAUUUAAAAUUUGGCAUGUGAUAAAGAAAAUACAGUGUUUUCUUAUAUCGAGAUAAAAUUCACAAAACUUAAAAUCUGCCAUUUGGAAACACAAGAUUACAUAUUAUAUAGCAUAUAUUCAUUCACAAUGUUGUGCCGUCAUCAUCAACACUUUUCCAUCAUCUACUUCCUUCCAAAAAACAAAAAAAAACAACCACAUAAUUCCCGAUUGCCCACCUAUUAAUUCCUGGCAACCAUUCAUCUAUUUCUUGUCUCUAUGAAUUUGCCUAUUUGGACAUUUCACA